GUGAGUCACGCCCAUCUUUGUCCCUCUCAGUUUCGGCUGGGAGUGUUUGGGAAAUGGCAGCAACAACUAUUUCUAUUGAACAGGACCAGUUCUGUUGUUCAGUGUGCCUGGAGGUCUUAAGAGACCCCGUGACUAUCCCCUGCGGACACAGCUACUGCUUGGACUGCAUCGAAGACUACUGGAACAGGGCCAAGCAGAAAGGUCAGUACAGCUGCCCUCAGUGCCGACAGGUGUUCAACCCCAGACCGCUGCUGAGCAGGAACACAGUCCUGGGGGAAGUGGUGGAAACUUUUCUCAAAUCUGGGGCUCGACAGUUGUCCUCAAAACCCGAGGAAGUGGCAUGCAGUGUGUGCACAGUGAGGAGGAAAAGAGCUGUUAAAUCCUGCCUUGUGUGCUCCGAGUCUUACUGUGCGGCUCACUCCAGGGUCCAUGAGGAGAGGUUUCAUGAGAAGGCCCACAGGUUGGUCCCUGCAGUGGACCAGCUGAAGGAGAAGCUGUGCCAACAUCACGAUAAACCACUGAGGCUGUACUGUCGCACCGACCAGCAGAGUGUGUGUUCCCAGUGUGUGAGAGAGAGACACAAGGGCCAUGACGCAGUCUCACUGGUGGAUGAGAGAUCAACGCAACAGAAAAAACUCCAAGAAGCCUCUUUGAAGUCUGUGCAAAAAUUGAAAGACACGGAGAAGGAGCUCAGAUAUGUUGUCAGAUAUAUCAAGCACUCCACAGAGGCAGCGGUGGAGGAGAGCGAGAGGGUUUUCUCCAGGCUGAUCCGCUCCAUAGAGAAACAGAGCAGUGAGGUGAAGGAAGUGCUGAGGGUCCAGGAGAGAGCAGCUGUCAGUCAGGCUGAGGAGCUGCUGGAGAAAAUACAGAGAGAGAUCCUGGAGCUCCGGAGGGCCGGGGCCGAGCUCGAGAGGAUUUCUCAAACUGAGGACCACACCGGCUUCCUUCAGAAGUGCAAGUCUCUUCAUUUCCCUACAAAGACUGUGGAGAUGCCCAGCACUGAUGCUCUUCAAUAUAUGAUGUAUAAAACCCUGAGGGGAGCCCUGCCCAAUCUCAAAGACAGUCUGGAUGAAACACUUGAAAGAGAAUUCAACAGGAUCUCUGAUAAAGUAAUGUCACUGAAGGAACCCAGCAAUACAGGUGUAUCUGAAAAAACCAAAGGUAGCAAAAGACACGGAGAUCCCAUACAACUCCGAACCGAAGACAAGAGCUGAUUUUCUACAUUAUCACCACGAUAUCGUCCUGGACCCGAACACAGCCAACCCUUAUCUGAGCCUCUCUGACGGUCGCAGAGGGGCGACCACGCGCUCGGAGCCCCAGCCCUACCCGGACCACCCGCAGCGCUUCAGCAGCUGGGCCCAGGUGCUGUGCAGAGCUGGGAUGGCUGGGCGCUGCUACUGGGAGGUGGAGUGGGCCGGGGAGGGAGGGGUUUCCAUCGGGGUCUGCUACAAAAACAUGGGCAGGAGUGGAGCAGGGAGCGACUGCAAGC